AUGAUGUUCGACACUCCGACCAUCUCCCACCAGCCGCCCACGCCGCCCGGCUCGCCCAACCCGCCCUCGCCGUCAUCGCCGCCUCCGUUGGCCGCCGGCGGGGUGGUGCGCGCGGAGUUGGCGCAGCAGGCCAAUGAGGUGUGCCAGCUGGUGGCCAAGGCCAACCGCGCCCCCAACGGCCUCCACGCCGACGAACUCCGACGCCUCCUGAGCGACAUCCACUCCCUCCACCUCCUCGCCCAACAACUCUCCUCCUCCUCCUCUUCUUCUACUUCAUCUAUUUCUACUUCCACUACUUCAUCAUCGCCGUCACGGGGCAUCGCCAAGAAGAAGCAGGUCCAUCACGCCUCGGUCCUGUCUCGGCCACUCGCAGCCCUCUCGUCGUCGUCGCCGUCGCCUGCGUCGUCGUCGGCCUGGUGCGCCACAUCAUUGCCCCCGGUCCCGACAGGCUCUUCGACGACGACCACAUCAGCAGCCGCGGCCACGGCGGCGGCGCGUGCCUGCCACACGCCCAUCCGACCACGGGGCCACCCGCUGCCGACGGCGGCCACGGCCACGACCGCGGCAACGAGCGGCUCGUCGUGCCUCUCGCCCGAGAUCGGGGCCGGCCCGCGGGCGUGCGCCAACUGCGGCACCUCGAGCACCGUCCAAUGGCGAUGCGGCGCUGACGGCAAGCCCUCGCUGUGCAACGCGUGCGGGCUGCGGUACCGGUACAACCUCAAGAAGAAGGCCCUCUACGAGGACAUCGCGGUGGUGCGGGCCAUGACCCAGCGAUCGCCGCCCUUUGCUCAGCACAACCACCACAACCAGCGCACCCACUCGCCACCCUCUUCUUUGGCUUCCGCUUCACCCUCGUCGGCCUCCUCCCCCUCCGCCUCGCGAUCGCCCUCGCCGCCGCCUCCUUCCGUUCCCUCCACCGCCGGCUGCCCACCGCGGCCAGUACCCGCCCCGAGCACCGCCGCCGCCGCCACCACCAGCGCACCUGCCGACGCGAGCGGCGAGGCGCGGAGAUCCAACAUUUACAGCCUCCUCAAUUGA